AACACAACAUCUGCAAGAAAACGACAUGAUACGGGAAGUAAAUACGGAGAGCUAAAUGACUUAGUAUUUCAGUGGUUCAAGCAAGCUAGAGCCAAAAACAUUCCGUUGAGUGGUCCAAUUAUUCAGGAAAAGGCAUUAGAAUUGGCAGAAACCCUGGAUUUAACUGAUUUUAAGGCAUCAAAUGGGUGGUUAGAAAGCUGGCGGUCAAAAUUUUCGAUUGGCUUUUUUAAAGUUUGCGGUGAAAGUGCCGAUGUCGAUCAAAGUGUAGUUGACGAUUUCAAAUCUAAACUGGAAAAUAUUGUCGGGGAUUACACACCUGAAAAUGUGUUUAACGCAGAUGAAACGGGUUUAUUCUUUAAAGCAUUACCGGACAAAACACUUGGUCAAAAAGGGGAAGCAUGCAAAGGUGGAAAAUUAGCUAAAGAAAGAAUAACAGUGAUGCUAGCAUGCAGUAGCACAGGAGAAAAGUUACCGCCGUUAGUGAUUGGCAAGGCAAAGAAACCAAGAUGUUUUAAAAACAUAAACGUUAACAAUUUGCCUGUCAUUUGGCAAUCUAGCAAAAAAGCGUGGAUGACAACUUACAUCUUUACCGAAUGGAUACAGCAGAUUAAUAAAAAAAUGAAAACUAAAAAGAGGAAAAUAUUACUGUUUCUUGACAAUGCAACAUCGCAUUCUGAUUCAGUUACUCUAAGUAACGUGACGAUUAAAUUUUUCCCACCGAACACUACGUCUAAACUUCAGCCUUUAGAUCUUGGGAUUAUUCGUGCAUUCAAAGCCAGAUACAGGAAGCAUAUGUUAAAACAUGUCAUAACAAAGAUCGACAAUUGCACUGACAACACUUCUCUGACAAAAGAAAUUAAUGUUCUCGAUGCUGUUCAUUGGAUUGAUAAAUCUUGGAGUGAUACGAAAGAAUCAACAAUCGCAUCAUGUUUCCGUAAUGCUGGAUUCCCCGUUGUGAACCCCGAUGAAAAUGUUGACCCUGACAAUGAAGAAGACCCGGAUGAUGACAUUCCACUUUCGGAAUUAAUGGGGAUGGUACGACAAUUUUCCGGCAAUGAUGAUAUUUCGUUCGAUGAAAUGCUUGCUAUUGAGGAAGCUAUGCCUACGGGGGAAACAUUUGACGGAGACUGGGAAAAAACUUUGGUUGAACAAUUUAAAGAACGCGAGCAUGACGCCAAUGAAACGAGUGAUAGCGAGAGUGAAGUUGACGAGCCUGAAAUGGAUGCUCCUGGUGCCGAUUUCUCGUACGAGGACGUGUUGAAAAACAUUAGAUAUAUGAUUAACUUUUCAAAUUUGAAAGAUGACCGAAUAUUAAAAUUUCUCAUGCCAAUGAAAACUAUGAUAGAAGACACUAUAGUUCGUAGCAAAAUGGUCAAAAAGCAGGGAACACUUGAGCUGUUUAUGUUAAAAUAAUUGUACACAUAGCAUGAUUUAAACUUUAUUAAAUACAUUUAUUUUCAGCAUUUUUGUUAUUACAUGUUUAUAUAGUUUUUAAUUGGAUUAGGACAUUGCAUUAUAAAAAUCCGGCGUACAUUCCUACACUUCCGGUAAAUCAGAAAACCUGAAUAAACCGACCCACUGCCCAAACCGGCCUAUUUUCUUGGUCCCAU